UCAUACUCUGAGAGGUUCCACCUCUUUAGACCGUGAUGAGUUGGAUGGAGUGAGAGGGGCGUGUCAUAGCGGGGUGGAGCCCACCUUCAUUUGAGGACGAGACCUCGAGAAUCCUGGACCGCCUCUGGUAUUUAACCACCACACCCAUCUCACACUUCAUAGCUGGGAUUGUUCUGCACAGCAUCUGAGAUCUGUUGAUCACUGAAGAAGUCCAGGAUGGCUUUGGUUUCUGAGUUCUUAGGGCAGCUUACUCUCCAACUGGGUGGUGGGGAUCCCACAUAUCCUACUGUGGUGCCAGCACCUAACUUUGAUCCAGAUAAGGAUGCUGCCAGAAUUGAGACCGCUAUCAAAACUAAAGGGGUGGACGAGCAAACCAUAAUUGAUGUUCUCACUAAACGGACAUAUAACCAAAGGCGAGAAAUCGCCUUUGCAUAUGAGAGGAGGGCCAAGAAGGAUAUGAUCUCAGCCCUGAAGGGGGCGCUGUCUGGCUCACUGGAAACUGUCAUCCUGGGCCUCAUGAAGAGCACAGCCCAGUAUGAUGCCUCUGAAAUCAAAGGCUCCAUCAAGGGUCUUGGAACAGAUGAAGAGACUCUGAUUGAGAUCGUCUGCUCUCGAAGCACUGCUGAGCUCAUGGAGAUUAAAAAAGUCUACAAGGAAUUUUUCAAGAAGGACCUGGAGAAGGAUGUGGCUGGAGAUACUUCAGGAGACUUUGCUAAACUCCUGCUGGCUCUGGUUGAGACCAAGAGAGAUGAGCCCAGCUCCGUCGUUGAUUACCAGAAAAUCGAUGAAGAUGCCAGAGCCCUGUAUGAGGCAGGAGUCAAACGGAAAGGCACUGAUGUAAAGUGCUGGAUCUCCAUCAUGUCUGAGAGAAGCGUUCCUCACCUCCAGAAAGUGUUUGACAGAUACAAGAGCUACAGCCCCUAUGACAUGCAGGAGAGCAUCCGCAAAGAGGUGAAAGGAGAUCUGGAGAAGUCCUUCCUUACCUUGGUUCAGUGCUUUGAAAACAAACAGCUGUAUUUCGCCAACAGACUUCAAGAUGCCAUGAAGAGCAAAGGAGCAAAGGAAAAGGUGCUGACCCGGAUCAUGGUGUCCAGAUGCGAGGUGGACCUUAAGAAGAUCAGACAAGAGUUCAAGGCCCACCACGGAAAGUCUCUGUACCAGACCAUUGCUGAGCACACAAAGGGAGACUACCAGAAGGCCCUGCUGAGCCUGUGCGGUGGAGACGAUUAAGUCAACCACACCAACAGAGUCUGAGAAGGACUACGAGAAGGACUCAAGCUCUGCGCAGGUCCAGACAUAGAUCUCCUGUGCCUGGCCUUGAAUAUAGUCCCUACCCUGCUGCAGCUUUAGAGACAGGCAUCUAAUAAACAUGCACUUGCUUAGACUGGAAUUAACCACGUGUUUUCCAUUAAGAAGGAUUGCAACAUGACCUACACUCUUAAAAAUAAAGGUUCCAAAAAGGUUUUUUUUUUUUUUUGCACAGAUGUUGUAGAACAGGCGUGUCCAAUCCUGCUCCUGGAGGGCCACUGUCCUGCAGAGUUUAGCUCCAGCCCCAAUUAAACACACCUGAACCAGCUAAUUAAGGUCUACCAGGCAUACUAGAAACUUCCAGUCAGGUGUGUUGAGGAAAGUUGGAGAUUGGACAGUGGCCCUCCAGGACCAAGUUUGGACAACCCUGUUGUAGAAGAACCAUUUUUGGUUCCCCAAAGAACCUUUCAGGGAACAGUUCUUAAAAGAACCAUUAUUUUUCUUAUUGUGAAGAACGUUUUAAUAAUCUAAAGAAUCUUUUUCCACUAUGAAAAACGUUUUGUGGAAUGGAAAGGAUCCAGGGAUAAUAAGGUUCUUCAAGGGACCAUCAAUGCCAACAAAGAACCUAUAUUUUUAAGAGUGUAUGGAAGAUCUAAAUGUGCCAUUUAGCCACUGUAAACUGAAUCAGCAAUAAAGUGGACUGAUAUUAGUGCAUUUAAGUUCUCGCACAAAGAAUACACUUGUACUUUUCUGAGCAGACAGUUGUACUUUAACCCCUUUUUCUAUUCUAAGAAAUAAAACAAAACAUUAA